UGAUAACUCUACUCUCCAGGUGCAACAUGCCAGCAAGCAGAUCGCAGCCGACAAGCAGUACAAGGGCAUCAUGGACUGCAUCGUGCGCAUCCCCAAGGAGCAGGGCAUGCUCUCCUUCUGGAGGGGCAACAUGGCCAACGUCAUCCGCUACUUCCCCACGCAAGCCCUCAAUUUCGCCUUCAAGGACAAGUACAAGCAAGUGUUCCUGGGGGGUGUGGACAAGCACACGCAGUUCUGGAGGUAUUUUGCUGGCAACCUGGCUUCCGGGGGCGCCGCGGGAGCCACCUCCCUCUGCUUCGUCUACCCCCUGGAUUUUGCCAGAACCCGUCUGGCAGCUGACGUGGGGAAAUCUGGCGCUGAGAGGGAGUUCAAGGGCCUGGGAGACUGCCUGGUGAAGAUCUCCAAGUCAGAUGGCAUCCGUGGCCUGUACCAGGGCUUCAAUGUCUCUGUGCAGGGCAUCAUCAUCUACCGGGCCGCCUACUUUGGGGUGUAUGACACAGCCAAAGGCAUGCUCCCUGACCCCAAGAACACUCACAUCGUGGUAAGCUGGAUGAUCGCACAGUCAGUGACCGCGGUGGCAGGCGUGGUCUCCUACCCCUUCGACACAGUGAGGAGGCGGAUGAUGAUGCAGUCAGGGCGCAAAGGAGCCGACAUCAUGUACACAGGGACGGUGGACUGCUGGCGGAAGAUCUUCAAAGAGGAGGGCGGCAAGGCAUUCUUCAAGGGCGCCUGGUCCAAUGUCCUCAGGGGCAUGGGCGGUGCCUUCGUGCUGGUCCUCUAUGACGAGCUAAAGAAGGUUAUCUAGGCGCAUUCCCCGCCCAGACCCCACACCCGGGACCAGGAGGGCCGCUCCAGGCGCCUCGCGGUUACGGACCACUGACCUUCCAGCGAUUCCAACACCCUCGGCUGACCAGAUCACCUGUAGAGCGCCAGGCAGGGCUCCAGAACGGGCCCGUUGUGAUCAUGACCACUGGCACCCUGAUUCCACGCAUCCCACAAUUAGGGGGAGGGAACCCCGACGUCCUGCCGGGACCUCGGGCAGGGCCGCUCCGCCCGCCUUGCAGGCCCGGGCUGUGCAUAGCGUUUAUUUAAAGAAAACCAUGCUGCCCCUUUGUGCUUCUGCACUGUCCCCCCCUGCACAGCUGAGUUUUUGCAAUAUCGUUUUAUGUCGGGCAUUCUGCAAACAAUUAAAUCCAGACACAGAC